AUGGAGGCGCUGCUGCUGGCUCCGUUCGACCAGGUCGAAAUCGAGCUCCGGCGUGCCUGCAACGAGCUUGUCUCAGGGGAAACGGCUGUGCCAGAAGGCAUCUGCCAGGAGGCGAAGCGGAUUUGGAGCGCCCUACGCUGGAUGCAGGCCGAGGGUGCCGAGGGAGAGGCGACGAAGGAGGUUCAGGAGCUGGCACAGGCCUGGUCUCUCCUGCUGUCUAAGGUGCAGGCCGUAGCUCUCGACAGGGCAGGAGUCCCUCAUCCAGGAAUCAUGAUCCCCAUCACCGAUGGUCAGCGGAGCUUCUGGCACCACUUCGCGGCAGCGGUGGAGUUCUUGCCAGAGCAGGAUCUCGAGGAAGACGUUCUCCUGGCGAUCUCGGAGGAGUGGACCUCAACAGCUACAAUCGGCGAAGCCCUUCGUGCAUUGGUAGACUUGCAAUGCUUGCAGACCCCGACGCCUCCGAAGGCCCUUACUGUUUGCGUCCUUGGCCCUUCACCAAGCUUGGAGUAUCAGAAGGGUCUGGAAGACCUACACCACAAGCUCCUUGCAUGCUUGUUUGGCCUCGAGGCCCUCGAACACCCGUCACCCUCCCAGCCAUCUUUGCGCCUGGUGUUUUGCGGUCCUGAUGUGCCUGAUACCAUACAUGCCACAGACUGGAAGUGCGGACAACUGCAUGUCGAACAUUUUCAGAGAUGCUGGCAUGACUUGAGAAAGAGCGGCUUAGAGACCGUGGAUCUCGUCAUCGCGUUGAAUGCAGGAACUUCCGUUGCCCAAUACCGAGACCUCUGGUUGCCGACUCUCACAGCGCUUGCAAAGCUGGAGCACUGCCUGCUCUGGCUUACAGGCUACACUGUACCUGAGGCUGAAGAGACAUGGAAGGAUGUGAAGAAGAGCUGCCCGCGCGCCGUUGCGCUGCAUUGUGGCCCCGCACGAAGCUCUACACUGAUGGGCAUGGACCGGAUCGAGCUCGGAGUCACUCCCUGCUCAUACCCAGGCAAGGCAAACUAUGCGGUUUGUGCUGCUUGGCUUCCAGGCAAAGGCGACAGCUCGAGACUGGAAAUGGAUCGUGGGUGUUGGGCUUCUGAAACAGUGGCAUCCUGGCCAAUUCUGUGA